AGAUGCAGAAAUGAAUGAAGAGAUGCAGCAGAUGAAACAAAGACUUAAAGUAUGGCCGAAGAAGAGGCUCCAAGACGAAGGCUACGCGCUUUUCAAUCUAUCGGCACCAGAUUUUUCGUUUCUUCCUGGACUUCGGGAGUGGAUUUUUGCCGAGACACCAUCAGUUCAGUCAGGGAAACAUUGUUGCUAUUAGCCAGAAAGAUCCUUUAGAAGGUGAUGAAGAUCCUGUAGAGGGCGUGGUUAUGGAAAGAGCUCAAAGGUUUCUACGAGUUGCAGUUUUGAAAAACGCUGGACAGGAUAUCAGCUCUCGAGGUCAAUGGCGCCUAGACAUUUCAGCAAACUCGGUGUCUCACGAGCGCUGCGUCUUGGCCGUUGAGCACUUCUCGUCCUACCACACUGAGAGAGGACGACCUCCAGAAAUGGCCAAGAAGAAGGAAAUUCCGAGCGCAGUGGAAGCUUUUAGUUGGAAUGAGGCUGCCAGUGCUGUCAAAGGCUUGGUAAUGGGUGCCGGACAGGUAGAAAUAAGGUCGGAGACACUUUUUGGCACGCUGACCAGCAGCAGCAACGACAUUUCUCACGACGUUCAUGUAGCAAAUGGUUUGCCAAAUCGCAUCAGUGGUACCAGGCUGGGGACUUUCAAAGGCUCGUACCGGAAACUUCUCAAGGAGACAGGUCUCAACACCAGCCAGAAAGCCGCAGUCGAAGCUGCCUUGUGCCGAAAAGUUACGUUGUGGCAAGGGCCUCCAGGAACAGGGAAAACCAAAACUCUGGUCCAGUUUGUUAGGAUUCACUGUCGAUCUGGACAAGGCAAAGUUCUUGCUUGUGCCGACAGUAACAUUGCGGUUGACAACCUGCUCGAAGGUCUCUUGUCUGAAGGCUUAGCGGCUGUAAGAAUCGGCCAACCCGUUAAGGUGAAAGAGGAGCUGAGAGCUGUCACUCUUGAAGCACGGGUAUCUGUGCAUCCGCUUCUGAAGAGAGCUAUUGAAAUCAAACAAAUGGCGAAAACUCGGAGGCAAAAUAAAAACAAAGACACCCCUGGUUCCUUGUGGGAGGAAGCAACUGAGUUGGAAGGUCGAGCUUGUCGAGAAGUCAUCUCCAGAGCCGACGUAGUAGCAGCAACAUGCAUCGGUGCAGGUGAUCCAGUCCUGGAUGGCCUGCGAUUUACUGCAUGCGUCAUCGAUGAAGCAACCCAGGCAACGGAACCGGCAACGCUCAUUCCACUGUUGAGAAGUGGCGCUGAUUGUUUUGUCUUGGUUGGAGAUCCUGCACAGCUUCCUCCUACUGUUGUCUCGAAGGAGGCCGUCAAGUGUGGCCUUGAAGUCAGUUUGUUCGAGCAUAUGCAAGCUUGUGGACUGACCCCAAUGUUGCUUGACUCUCAAUACAGAAUGCAUCCUGCACUGGCUAGAUUCUCGUCAAGGAAUUUCUACGAAGGGAAGCUUUUCUCACAACCAUUACCUGCUGAGCGCAUGGCACCCAAAGGCUACGACUGGCCGAAUGUGGAGAAACCCUUAGCUUUUGUGAAUUGUUCUAAUAGCAAGGAGCUUAUGCGGCAUGAUAGCUCAUGGCAGAAUGAAGUAGAGGCACUCCAGGUGGUGAAGACCGUGAAAGAUUUGGUUUCGGGUGGUGAUAUUGAAGGCGGAUGCGCAGGAAUUGGAAUCAUAGCACCUUACAGUGCUCAGGUGAAACUUCUGCAAGACCUGUUUCUUACGCAGUCAGAGGACUUUAGCAAGCUGGAAAUAAAAUCCGUGGAUGGGUUUCAAGGCAGGGAAAAAGAGGUGAUUGUCUUCUGCACUGUCCGUUCUAACGAUCAUGGUGCCUUGGGAUUUGUUGCAAAUCCUCGACGGAUGAACGUUGCUAUAACUCGAGCAAGGCGAGGGCUCGUCGUGGUAGGCAAUGCAUCGACACUAGAGUCGAGCUGUCACUGGAAUCUGUGGCUCAAGGAGAUAAGGGAGCAAGGAUUGUUUGCUCCGCACUCUCAUUGAGGUACGUGUUAUGCUUUGCAACUUUCAAUGCUUGCCAAAUGUCAAAGUUUU